CUGUUUCCCGCCCCUACACACCGGAUGCAUUCCAGCUCACACAGGAAGUGGAAGUCUCCCUGAAGACGGAAGUAGAAGCAGCUGUGCGACUUCUUUCAAUUUUUUUUACCUUCUCCUUUUCUUCCCCCCCCCGCUCCCUCAAUCUGGCACCAUAGUUCCGGGAACCACCUGAUUGAGGGGCCACGGGUGUCCUUAUGAAUCAACACAAUUCUUGUCUUCCAACAACAUUUUAAACUACUCACAGCAACUUGUAGUAGCAGAAAUGAGCUGCUCCAAACCUGAUAUUCUGUGGGCACCACACCAUGUUGAUAGGUUUGUUGUAUGUGACUCGGAGCUCAGCCUCUACCACAUUGAAUCUAUUGCCAGUUCUGAACUCAAAGCAGGAUCCCUGCGUUUAUCUGAGGAAACUACAGCUACUCUUUUGUCCAUUAAUUCAGAUACUCCAUAUCUGAAAUGUGUGGCUUGGUAUCCUAAAUAUGAUCCUGAAUGUCUCCUGGCAGUUGGGCAGGCCAACGGCCGAGUUGUCCUUACUAGCCUUGGCCAAGAUCACAACUCAAAAUCCAAGGAUCUGAUAGGAAAAGAAUUUGUUCCAAAACAUGCUCGGCAGUGUAAUACCCUGGCAUGGAAUCCACUAGACAGUAAUUGGCUUGCUGCUGGUCUGGAUAAACAUCGGGCUGAUUUUUCAGUACUGAUCUGGGACAUCAGUAGUAAAUACACUCCGGAAACUCCAGUUGCUACUGAGAAAGUAAGGCUUUCAUCUGGAGAUACUGAAGCAGGACUGGUUGUGACAAAACCACUUUAUGAAUUAGGACAGAAUGAUGCUUGUCUUUCUCUCUGUUGGCUUCCACGGGAUCAGAAACUUCUUUUAGCUGGAAUGCACCGAAACCUGGCUAUCUUUGACCUUAGAAAUACAAGCCAAAAAAUGUUUGUUAAUACAAAGGCUGUUCAGGGCGUAACUGUUGACCCCUACUUCCAUGAUCGUGUAGCUUCCUUCUAUGAAGGUCAGGUUGCCAUAUGGGACCUUAGAAAGUUUGAAAAGCCUGUGUUGACUCUGACAGAACAACCAAAACCUCUAACAAAGGUAGCAUGGUGUCCGACGAGAACUGGAUUGCUAGCUACUUUGACCAGGGAUAGUAACAUCAUCAAGCUCUAUGAUAUGCAGCACACUCCUACACCUAUUGGGGAUGAAACUGAGCCUACAAUCAUUGAAAGGAGUGUGCAGCCCUGUGAACACUAUAUUGCUUCCUUUGCUUGGCAUCCUACAAAUCAAAAUCGAAUGGUCGUUGUGACUCCAAACAGGACUAUGUCUGACUUCACAGUAUUUGAAAGGAUCUCUCUGGCAUGGAGCCCUAUUACCUCUUUAAUGUGGGCAUGUGGGAGGCAUUUGUAUGAGUGCACAGAAGAUGGGAAGGCUAGCUCCUUAGAAAAAGACAUAGCCACCAAAAUGCGGCUGAGGGCUUUAUCCAGGUAUGGCCUUGACACAGAACAGGUCUGGAGAAACCAUGUUCUUGCAGGAAAUGAAGAUCCACAACUGAAGUCACUUUGGUACACUCUGCACUUUAUGAAGCAGUAUACUGAGGAUAUGGAUCAGAAAUUCACAGGAAACAAGGGGUCUUUGGUUUAUGCAGGCAUCAAAUCUAUUCUGAAAACCUCUAUGGGAACAACAGAGAACGUCAGGCAUAGCAGGAGUGGAUGUGACAGGCAGGCAGAUAUUAUUCAGUAUCUGAGUGAGGAGAGAUCAUUGGCUUUACAGCUUUGUGGGUGGAUAAAGAAGGGCACAGAUCUGGAUGUGGAACCCUUUUUAUUCUCUUUGGAACAAGAAGGAGACUGGGAGCGAGCUGCUGCUGUAGCACUGUUCAACUUGGACAUUCGGCGAGUGAUACAGAUACUGAACAAAGGAGCGUCUUCUGGAAAAGGUGAUCUAAACCUUAAUGUAGUGGCCAUGGCAUUAUCGGGCUAUACUGAUGAAAAGAACUCCUUGUGGAGGGAAAUGUGCAGCACUCUGAGGUUACAGCUGAACAACCCUUACCUGUGUGCCAUGUUUGCUUUUCUGACAAGUGAAUCAGGUUCUUUUGAUGGGGUUUUGUAUGAAAGUAAUGUAGCAGUACGAGACAGAGUGGCAUUUGCUUGUAAAUUUCUAACUGAUGCUCAGCUGAAUAGGUUCAUUGAAAAACUAACAAAUGAAAUGAAAGAAUCUGGGAACCUUGAAGGAAUUCUUCUGACAGGGCUCACAAAGGAUGGAGUGGACUUGUUGGAAAGUUAUGUCGAUAGAACAGGAGAUGUUCAGACAGCGAGUUAUUGUAUGCUACAGGGUUCUCCUUCUGAUGUACUUAAAGAUGAACGGGUUCAAUAUUGGAUUGAAAACUACCGGAAUCUGUUGGACGCGUGGAGGUUUUGGCAUAAACGAGCAGAAUUUGACAUCCAUCGGAGCAAGUUGGAUCCCACUUCAAAACCUUUAGCCCAGGUGUUUGUCAGUUGCAAUUUUUGCGGAAAAUCAAUCUCCUACAGCUGCUCAAGCAUACCUCAUCAGGGUCGAGGUUUCAGUCAGUAUGGCGUAAGUGGUUCCCCAACCAAGUCCAAAGUCACAAGUUGUCCUGGUUGCCGUAAGCCCCUUCCUCGCUGUGCACUUUGUCUAAUAAAUAUGGGCACUCCAGUUUCUAGCUGCCCAGGAGGAUCUAAGUCAGAUGAAAAGGUGGAUCUUAGCAAGGACAAAAAACUAGCCCAGUUCAACAACUGGUUUUCCUGGUGCCACAACUGUAGACAUGGUGGUCAUGCUGGACACAUGCUCAGCUGGUUCAGGGACCAUACUGAAUGCCCUGUUUCUGCAUGUUCAUGCAAAUGUAUGCAGCUUGAUACAACAGGGAACCUUGUCCCAGCAGAGAUGGUCCAGCCAUAAAACAUUAGAGCUUGAAUAAGGUCCUUCAAUGAGAGGCUCCCCCUAAUAGGCAUCCUUCACAGCCUCAACACAUACCUCAAAACAUGUUGCUCAUGACUUGCCUGUAAUUAAAAAUUAAACCAUUCUUUCACAUCAACAAUUUGAUGUGCAGAUGAUUUUGAUGUGUUUUGCAUAGCCAGGUACUGCCAGACAAUCUUCAAGUCUGGCAUGUGGACUUUAUUCAAUGGGGGUUGUAAAGCAAUUCAAUUCAGAGACAUUUUAGAGCUAUCAUUGAAAUUUGAAGCAUCCUUCAGAAAGACUUUCAGCAUUACACUGUCCAGACCUUGAGGCUUCCAUCUGAGAUGAACCAGUAUUGUAUACUGAGUUUUAUGAACUCCAUGAACUUUCAAAACACUAUCACUGUUUUGGGGAAGACAGUUUUCUGAGUCAUGCCAUAUACCCAAAUGUUUCCAUCAGCAUUUUUUCUAGCUUAGAUUUAAAAGUGUUGUUCCAUUCUAUAGUUUGCUCACUGCAAUGCUUUUUUGUGACACUCCUAAGACAAUCUUUGUAUGAGUUGAGCUCAUUUGUUUUAGAUUAGUAAAUAGCAAGAUUCCAAUUUCAAUGUAACAUGCUUUGUGCGGGCAUCCCAAUAUAUUGUAAGUAAGGUUUAAAAGUUUCAAAUUAAUUGUCAGUGGACUACACCCAUGUCAGCUUGAAAUGUUACUUCAAAUACCCAUGCAAAUUAAAAUACCUAGCAUCUGAAACAUCAUGGCUUACCUAUUUGCCUAAAACAUACUACAAUGUGAACUACACACAUCCAAAUUUUGACAUUCAUUUGGAUCAGAAAAUCUCAAGCAUAUACAUAGUCAAAAACAGCAUGAGGCAUUACAGUUAAAGUUCAUUUACAAAAUUUGGGUAACAUGGAAUAUCACCUGCCCAGUUGUGGUAAUUGGCUGCUCUUACCAGAUUUUCAUGAGCAAUAAAAAAAACUGUUUUAAACUAUGUCAAAACAAAAUGAGCUUAGGGAUGUGGGCAACAUGCUUAUUUACUGGCAAAACAAUAUAGAAAGAUAAUACAUCACCAAGAAAAACACAGAAGAUAAUUAGCAAGAAGGCAAAUGUCUGCCAUUCAGAUUUCACUAGCCAAAUAGAAACUUGAACUUCGCACGUUUUCAAUGCAAUUUAAUAUUCUUUAGUUUAUACUAUAGUUGCCUAAUUGACAAUCUUAUGUUUUUAGUUUUAAAACUAAGGGCUUGGAUCCAAAGAACUAUGCAUAAUCUGAAUGCACCUGGGCAACGCUUCAAAAGAUGUGCAGUGUAGUACAGGGCCAGCCAGGGGGAGUGGGUGGGUCAGACACUGGUCACACGCUCAAAUGGAAAUGACUUCCACUUACAUAUAGGUCACUUUGGAUCCAAGCUUACAGUAUCUAUACACUGAUGUGAUGUUAAAAGGGAAAAAUGAAUCCUUAAUGAAGACAAAUAUUUAUUUUUAUGUACACAGCUAUGUUAACUCUUAUUAUAUUGCCUUGGUCAAAGACUACUUCCCAUCAGAAUUGCCUUUUUUUUUACUAUUGAUCUAUAUUUGAGAUGCAUAUCCACAAUAUCCAACUUCUCAUAUUUUUGUAAAAAAAUUAGUAGUUGCUUUAAUAAUCGUUUCCAGAAUAUGUAGAAUUUUAAGCCAUUAAGAGCAAUGUAUAGACUUUAUUUUUGUGUCCUUAUAUUCAGAGUAUUAAAAGAGCAUGAAUAUUAAUAUGGUGUCUACUUCCUUUCUGUAAAAAAAACCUUACAUUGAAUAUGUAAAUAUAAAUUGCUAUUAAUGUGUUCCAUGGGUGUUUUAAAAGUAGUAUUUUUGUAAAAUAAAAGCUGUAUUUUGACUUUAAGAUGGCAUAGUUGUGCAUGCACAUGUCUUGAGAAUGUAGAACUGCCUUUGCCCUUGAAAUGAAUAAGAUAUCUGUGUACAUGGAAGUUGUGUAUGAACAUGUUAACACUCUCUAGGUCAGUACCCAGUGAUUUAAUAGCUGCACCGUGUAGACAUUGGUUCUGUUUUCAAAAUGUGUUCUUCAGCAUUUGGGCACAUGUGUGUAUUUCUAUAGACUGAGGGUUUUAAUCAAGUAAAGUGAUUAACUGUUAAUAGUUACAGCUGCCUUUCCUCUAGAAAUUGUAAAAUAAAAUAUGGCUUAACUUGCCAUUUUGAUUAAAUUUAACGU